AUGCCUUCGUCCUUGACCAGCCACACCAUGACGACGAAUACGCUGAAUGAGGGUUCUUCCAACCAACAACACCAAAUAGCGCACCAAAGGAACAAGGAAACGUCUGCAGUCCAUAAUUCAUCUUCUACCACCAUCACGGAAGGAAACAAUCCAAUGGGAGGCAAUAGAAAGUUUUCAUCGUCGUCCACAGAAUCUUCAAGGCAGCAGGACGACCGAUCGGGCAGCAACAGAGGCACAGAAGAAACGCUCACCCACCAAAAGAAGCCACCCCAUUCAUCAUCAGGAGAAGGUUUACACCACACCAACAAUAUGAAUAACAACAUGAAUGGUGGUGGAGAGGUUGCUAAUAAUAAUAAUGAUAGAAGGAAUUCAACCUCUCAAUAUUUACAGCCACCCCCACCGCCACCACGUGAUCAUCAAAACGCUUCUGGAGGAGGACAUGACCAUCAUCAACAACACCAUAACAAUUCUUCAAUCAACAACAACUCUCGUAGAAACAGCAACACUAAUGGAAGGUACUACAAGAAUCAAAACCCUUCCUCAUCAUCAUCCAACUACAAGCCUCAACAUAGUCACGGGAGUAGCAACAUUGCAAAUAACAACCCAACAACAACAACAUCUUCCUCCUCUCAUCACCCUCCUGGAGCAACUACUAUGAGUGUCGCGACUAACGGACCAAAGCAACCUGUGGUGAAUUCCACUUCAUCACGAAGUACCAAUAUUAAUAAUACCAAUAAUAAUAAUAAUAUAAAGAUCAACACUAAUCAACAACAUGUUGUUGCUUCUACGUCUGCAACUUAUGCGCAGACUUCAUCAUCAUCACGUGUGCAAAACAUCAAACCUAACGUUCACAACGCUCCUCCCUCUCAUAUUACCACUCCAUCGACACCAACAACUCCCAUCUCAAGACCUCCAAAAUCAUCUCCUCGCUUCGGAAACCCUCUCUCGGAUCGUUUCCAUCAUAUUGAAAAAGAUAUCAGCAAAACAUUCCAAAAGCAAGAAAAGUUGGGUGAAGGAACGUACGGUGAGGUCCACAAAGGCAUUGACAAGCGUGACAACAGCAUGGUGGCCAUUAAGAAGAUUAGAAUUGAUCCUCAAAGAGAGAAAGAAGGCUUUCCAAUCACUUCCAUUCGUGAAAUACGAGCUCUCAAGGAUUUAGACCAUGUCAACAUUGUUAAAUUGUAUGAUGUUACUUGGAAUCAGAAGGGAACGUUCUACUUGGUUUUUGAAUUUGUCGAACAUGAUCUUGCUGGUCUGAAUGGAAAGGGUCACAGAUUUGACGAAGAUGAAUUACGAUGCAUCAUGUAUCAAUUAUUAUCUGCUCUUGAUUAUUGCCAUGCUCGGGACGUCAUGCACCGAGAUUUGAAAGCAUCCAAUGUACUCAUCAAGAAGGAUGGAACUUUAAAGCUUGCCGAUUUUGGACUUUCAAGAGUAUUUCACAGAAAUAAGCAACAAGAAUAUACCAAUCGGGUGGUCACUCGUUGGUAUCGACCUCCAGAAUUACUGUUAGGAGCCACUGCCUAUGACGCCUCCAUUGAUAUGUGGUCUGUGGGUUGUAUUUUGGGUGAAAUGCUUCUUCCUUUUGCUGGUGAAAAGGAACCUAAGGCUCUCUUUCCAGGAGCAUCCGAUCCGGAUCAAUUAGAGAAGAUUUUCGAUUGGUGUGGAACCCCGUCUGUGGAAGAUUGGCCCGAAGUUGAAAAACUACCUCAUUGGAAAUCUCUCAAACCUCAACAACCAAAAAAGAGAAGAAUUAUGGAUCGAUUUACAAAUUUGAAAUGCUCACCCAAAGUACUCGAUUUAUUGGACAAGUUAUUAACUCUCAAUCCUGCAAACCGAAUUACAGCAAGUGACAGCUUGAAUCAUGAUUGGUUCUGGGAACGAGGAAAGAAUCCCAAGAAUUGCAAACCCAAAGGUUUACCCUCUCGUUCCUAUAAUGAACUUUCAACAAGAAAGAAGGAUGAUCAUCGACCAGAUGCUCCCUCCCAUCACUUAAUUCCCUCCACAGUGCAUCCACUUUCUGGUGUUCCUGCAACGUCACAUCAUCACCACUCCCAUGGAGCAUCUAAGGUUGCAUCGACCUCUUCAUCGGUGGCAGCAGUAGUUACAUCAUCAUCGUCUACUACUGGUGGUCAUCAUUAUCAACCACCUCCUCCACCUCGUCCACCACCUCCAUUUUCUUCAUCCUCUUCUUCUUCGUCACAUCAUUACCAUCCAAGUGGCAGCACUAGUAGACAUUCUUAUCAUCCUUCUUCGUCACAGCCGUAUCAUCACCAUCGUUCUCAUCAUUCUUCGUCGCAUGGUGACGGUCGAUCGAGUGGUGGUGGUGGUGGCGGUGGCGGAUAUCAUCAUGGCAGUAGUAGUGGACAACAGCACUACCAUCCACAACAAGGUGAUGGACAUGGUCAUUCAUCUCACUCGAAUCGUUAUUCAGAUAGUGGCAAUAAUCCAAGAUCGAUAACGACACACCAUGACGCUCCUUCAAGAAGCAACAAUCUGGCUCCACCUUCUAAGAAAGUCAAGUACUGA